AUGAACUCGUCGAGCUCCCCUGGCAAUCCAUCCCCGAGUCCAGGCCAACCUCGAACAAGACUUGGAGCGCAGCCCUCAUCCCCGACCAAUUACUCAAGCAGCGAAGAAGAUGGCGGAUGUCAGAGUCAAACCCCAGAAGAGCAAAGCCCGGCUGCCUUGGUUAUUGGACAAAUUGAGGAUAUCCUGGAGGAUGCAGCUGAUGCACUCACCGAGAACCGCCCAAUGACCAUUCCACUACGCAACCGCCGCUCUGGCAACGAAGUUCCCGUCUCGUUUCCCACACCCGCCGGGACUGGUGCAAGAAGAUUCACUGCUGUUCUUCAUAUCCUGUACAUCUGCCACGAGGCACUUGUGACUGGUAAUAUUGUGACAAAAAGGAACAUUUACUACCACAACCCCGGUCUGUUCGGCAGCCAAGCUUAUGUCGACUAUCUCGUUGAUGACAUAGCUUUCACAUUUGGUGUUAGCAGGGAUCAUCUGAAUAUCGUUGCAGCCUCGAAAGGGCUGAUUGCCGGUGGGCAGUUCAGUCAUGGAGAUGGCCAUCAUGCGACUUUCCGCAGCUUGGCUGCGGCUAGUUAUUUCAACAGUUCUUCAGCAGGACCUGGGCUCCUGGUUACGGCGAAGGGAUAUCCAGACCUGGCAACUCGACAAUUUCUGAGCUUAUUACAUUCUGCCUAUGCAUACAUCCCCAUGUAUGCUCUUGUUGACUUCGACCCUGAUGGGAUAGGCAUUAUGCGCACUUUCAAGUUGGGCAGUCGUAACUUGGAUCACGAAGUCAAUGCGACUGUCCCCAGUUUGAGCUGGCUGGGUGUCAAGAGCGAAGACAUCUUCUCUGUCGCCAGGCCCCUUGACUCUCCAUCUAAAUCAUCGUCGCAACCGAGUACAUGCACUAUCCAAAGCCAGUCGCCGGCCGGGGCCGUCGCUCCAGCGCAAAUCACGACUAGCCAUGAUAGCUUGUCCCCAGAGAAUCCUGCGACUCCAUCGACUACUUUAGCAAUUACAGACUACAAGAUGGUCGCUUUGACCCUCAAUGAUAGGAACAAGGCCAUCAAUCUACUAGCCGCCCUGAAAACUCCUGAAGACCAGGAUGCUGAGGACAUGAAUCUGACCAGCGAGCUCCAGCUAAUGCUGAUGCUUAACACGAAAUUUGAGAUCCAGGCGGUUGAAGACAUGGGCAACAUGACGAAUUGGCUAGAUGCGAGACUCAAAUCUAGUUUUGAUGGGGAUCUGGAAUAA